AUGCUCUCCCGCCUCGCCCUCCGCACCUCCCGCACCGCACCCCUCCUCCGCGCCCGCUCCACCCGCUCAUACGCAUCCGAAGCCUCCGAGUACACCGGCGGACCGACGUUCGAGUUGAGCGAGGAGCAGGUCGGGAUUAGGGAUCUCGCGAGGAGCUUUACGGCUAAUGAGAUCAUCCCCGUCGCGGCCGAGUACGACCGAACGAUGAAGUACCCGUGGGAGGUGAUCAAGAAGGCUCACGCCGAAGGUCUGCUCAACGUCCACGUUCCCGAGGAGUACGGCGGCGCAGGUCUCUCAGUCAUGUCUUCCUCGAUCGUCUCGGAAGAGUUGGCCUACGGAUGCACGGGAAUCCAAACCGCAAUCGAAGCGAACGGACUCGCCUCGGCCCCUCUAAUCGUCGCCGGCUCCGACGCCCAAAAGCGUUCGUACCUCGGUCGUUUGACGGAGGAGCCGCUGAUGUGUGCGUAUGGAGUGAGUGAGCCUGGGGCGGGGAGCGAUGUUGCGAGUAUCAAGACGAAGGCGGUUAGGGAGGGGGACAAGUUUGUUCUCAAUGGACAGAAGUGCUGGAUCACGAACGGAGGAGUCGCCAACUGGUACUUCGUCCUCGCCAAGACCGACCCGUCCGCAAAACCCCACAAAGCCCUCUCAGGCUUCAUCGUCGACGCCUCGACUCCCGGCAUCACCGUCGAGAACAAGUUGAUCAACAUGGGUCAACGCUGCUCCGAUACGAGGAUCAUCAACUUUGAGAACGUGGUUGUGCCGAGGGAGAAUUUGCUUGGGAAGGAGGGGGAUGGGUUCAAGAUCGCCAUGGGCGCAUUCGACAUCACCCGCCCGCUCGUCGCAUCAGGCGCCGUCGGACUCGCCCAGCGCGCAUUGGCCGAAGCAGCAAAAUACGCUCACGACCGCAAGACGUUUGGAGUCCCGAUCAUUCAGCAUCAGGCGAUUGGGACGUUGUUGGCUGAGAUGGCUAUCGGCGUCGAGACUGCGCGGAACGCGGUCUGGCGCGCGGCAUGCGCGAAGGACAACAACGACCCUCGCACGACGUACCUCGCUUCCGUUGCAAAGGCGUACGCCUCCCGAGUCGCCGUCACCAACGCCGACAAAUGCGUCCAAAUUCACGGCGGUGCUGGCUACAACACGGAGUAUCCGGCUGAGAAGCUCUUCCGCGACUCUAAGAUCUUCGAAUUGUAUGAAGGUACUACCCAGAUUCAGAACCUCAUCAUCUCGCGCGUCGUCGCCAACGACUACGCCUAG